AUGCACUGUUCCGCUGCUCUGUUUCUCAAUUUCGUCAAUGCGGAGGUUUUGUCAAUCCAAUUCAUAGCCAUGCAGGUUUUCAAUUUUGUGUUAUUUGAAAUUAUACUCAUUCAGUUUCAUGAGAAUUGGUGUUUGGGUUAUAGUUUCGUGAUUGCUGCUUCGAAAGCCAAUGAUCUAAAUUCAGUUUCGGUUCCUGCAAUUUGUUCAUACUGUUCAUGCAGUAUCUUGAGAUGGGUUAUGCCAUUAUUUGAACAUAUUAAUGAUUCAAUUUUUCUUAAUGUGAGUAUAUUUACAGCAUUUGUUUUUGUUCUAUUUUCAGCAACUAUUGGUUCGAUAUCUGCUAAUCUGAAUUCGGUUCCGAUCCUUGAUGGAACAAAUUUUAAGGAUUGGAAAGAGAACAUGGAAAUUGUUCUUGGCUGCAUGGAUCUUGACCUUGCACUAAGGGUGGAGAAACCCGCUUCUCCUACGGAAUCUAGUACCUCUGAACAGAGGAAAGAUUAUGAGAAGUGGGAUCGCUCCAAUCGCAUGAGUCUUAUGAUCAUUAAGCGCGACAUUCCUGAGGUCUUUAGAGGUACUAUCUCGGAAGAGAUAAAAGGUGCCAAAGAUUUCCUUGUUGAAAUUGAAAAGCGCUUUGCGAAAAGCGAUAAGGCGGAAACAAGUACUCUUCUUCAGAACUUGAUUUCCAUGAAAUAUCAGGGCAAAGGAAAUAUAAGGGAAUACAUUAUGGGCAUGUCAAAUAUUGCUUCAAAACUUAAGGCGCUAAAGCUUGAGCUGUCGGAUGACUUGCUCAUUCAUUUAGUAUUGCUUUCUCUUCCUGCACAAUUCAGUCAGUUUAAGAUAUCUUAUAACUGUCAAAAGGAGAAAUGGUCUCUUAACGAGCUCAUUUCAUUUUGUGUGCAAGAAGAGGAAAGGUUGAAGCAAGAAAGGAAAGAAAGUGCUCAUUUUGUUAGCACCUCUAAAGACAAGGGCAAAAGAAAGAAAACUGUUGAGCCCAAGAAUGAAGCUGCUGAUGCUCCAGCACAAAAGAAACAGAAAGAGGAUGAUACCUGUUACUUUUGCAAUGUGUCUGGGCAUAUGAAAAAGAAAUGUACUAAAUAUCACGCUUGGCGUGCAAGGAAAGGGUUGCCUAAGCUACCGGAAGCCAAAUGAUGUUGAAAGAUACAUCUAUGUUGGAGAUGGCAAGACGGUGGAGGUGGAAGCUAUAGGGCAUUUUAGAUUAUUAUUGUGUACUGGAUUUUAUUUGGAUUUGAAAGACACUUUUGUGGUACCGUCAUUUAGACGGAAUUUAAUUUCAGUUUCUAAUUUGGACAAAUCAGGUUAUUCAUGUUCAUUUGGAAACAGUAAAGCCGAGUUGUCUUUUAAUUCAAAUAUUGUUGGAACCGGUUCACUUAUUGGAUAUGAUAAUCUAUAUUUGCUGAGCAC